UUCAAUUUAUCGACAGUAUCAAGACCAGCGUGGUCAAGAAGUGUAGUGUGUGGAUUAGUUUGCUAACUACCAAAUCCAUGCGUCGACCAUCCAAGAUGAGGUCGUUAACGCUGCUGGCCUUCGUGGGCUGCCUCUGUGUGUCUUUGGUUCUAGCGGACGAAUCUGUUGCCAUUCGACAAAAGCGAAGCCCUGCUCCGUUCUUCUUCAACAAGGGUCACGACCACCACGAACCAAAGUGCGUCUGGGAGAAGAAGUUGGCCUGGAAGGAGGACUGGAAGAAGGUCUGGGAGUCGAAAAAGGUGGAGGUGUGGAAGUCCGAGUGGAAAAAGCAACAGAUCCCGGUCUGGAAGGUGGUGGAAGUUCCGAUCUGGCGCGAAGUAAAGGUGCCAGACUGGAAGAUCAUCAAGAAACCGUACUGGAAGGAAACGGAAAUACCAGCCUGGAAGGAGGUACAGGUGCCGGAUUGGAAAAAGGUCAACAAACCGAUCUGGCGCGAGGUGCAGGUUCCAGUCUGGAAGGAAGUACAGGUGCCAGAAUGGAAACAGAUUUGGGUUCCCGACACGGUCAAGGUUGGCAUUCCUGGCGAAAAGUACCUAGGCAAGGACGAACACGGUUGGGAGUACACGAGCCAUGAUCUGUGGAAGAAGAAAAUGGUCUGGAAGCCCCUGUGGAAGAAGGUCUGGAAGACGGUCAAGAAAGAGGAAUGGAAAACCGAGAAGAAACUCGAAUGGAAGGAAGAGUGGGUGCAGGUGUGGCGUACCGAGAAGAAGCAGAUCUGGGUGAAGAAGAAGGAGGAACUGUGGAAGGAGGAGAAGGUCGAGAUCUGGCGUGUCGAGAAGAAACAGGAGUGGGCGACCGAGAAGAAGCUCGAAUGGAAGGAAGACUGGAAAGAGAUUAAGGUCCCAGCCUGGAAGGAAAUUCAGGUCCCUGCCUGGAAGAAAGUGUGGAAACCGGUCUGGGAGAAGGCCUGCGUACCAGUCAGCCACGGAUGGCAUUAGUCGGAAAAGCGCACUAGAUAUAGUAAGCACCCAGUAGAACUCUUGCUAGUGGUUAGAAUGAUAGAUUGUUUUCUUCUCUAUCGUUUAUCCCUUUCCUAUGUCUUCCUCGUAAUAGUUUGUAAUGAUUUCAGCUUUUGUUUUGCGUCGUUUCGUGCGCUCGUCGUCUUUAGUCGAUCUUUUCUAUCCUGCAUUCAUUCUGUUUUCUUAAUCUCAACCAGUUCUCGGUUUCACUUUUUCCUUUCUCAACUUUUAACAUUUUCCAAACCGCUAUCGUUCCCAGUAGUAUUCAAAGCAUUAUUUUCUUGCACAUUUGUGCACAUCUUGAAAAGCGCCCGUAAUUUCCCGCGAGCGAAUUAUUACAUCAUCGCCCGUAUUAAGUAGUUCCCACAGCUACUGCCAGUUCAUUUGCAGACACGUUUGGUCGUUCCGAUCUACGUGUUUCGACUUCCGACCUGCCUCAAUUGUCCAUCUCGCUACUGCCGAAGGAAGUACCGUAUACGUCGUUGAAGACGAGAGACUUGCUUAUUUUUAUUUUCCAUCCCAGUCCAUCUUCAGUCUGACAAACCGUCGUGUGAUGAUCGUUGUAAUGAGAGUGGAGAUCAUUUUGCACAAACAUGAGGGUAGACAAAAGGGUUUCUGGGUCUGAGAUGAAAAAUAAUGAUUUCCUCCCUUUGUUCGAAAAAAAAACGCAGACGCCAUCAUCGCGUAUCAAGCACGGGAGCUCAGCAAUCAUCGUAAUGUAUCGUUUUUUUCUCGGUGCGAUCACAGUGAAAAAAAACGUAGGCUGUCUGGAUUCAUUGUUUUACCACUUGAUCCAAACAAUUGGCAGGUGUGUUUUGCUAGAAAGAUGGACAAGCUAAAAGAGCCACGUUAUACGAUCAACACCAUCGUGUACAAGCAACGGUGACAUUCGACCUCCCACUCGUAUCAUGUUAUGAGUCCAAUAUGCGUUUUUUGUUGUUGUUUGUUAUGCACGAUCGAUAAAUGAUCGAUUCAUCGCAAUUUGCAAGGUAAUUUAGCAUGUAACAUGAUCAGUUCGGGCAUGCUUUUUCGAUCAACUUGUUGCUUCUACGUGCUACGAUGAGAUCACCAUCGAAUCAUUUUUUUUACCACCACUGAAUGUUUUGUUGUUGUCUUUAAAAAAUCGAUGAGCGAUUGAAGCGCUUAUGAAUCGAAUCGAAUUUUCAUGCUCAACACAGAAACUUUAUUUGUGUUGAUGAGUAUUUUUUGCUUUUCAUCCAUUUGUCGAUCUUACGUCGCUCAUCGCUAAAUUGCAUUAGCGUUGGCCGCUGCUGCAUUCAAAGCGAAAGCACAACGACGCGGAAGUUUCGUUGCGAAAUUGUAGACGGACAAUAGCGGUGUUUUGAUUGGAAACGAAAUUACUGAAUGCUUAUUAUUAUUUUAUUCUCUUCUCACUUUUCCUGCGUGAUCGAUCGACUAGGGGGUUAGUGGCACAAUACACAUAUGGCACGAAACGACAGAUAUAAUGAGACGAUGCUAAUUAGCUUAUCCGUGCUGUUCGUUUUCAGUCAAUCAAUUUAGUCAAAAAGUGUGAACGAUUGUUGAAAAGUCAGAACAACUACAUAUCCCACCUAGCGAAGAACAAAAGCAGGUUCAGAAGUUAAUGCGAGGCAACGAAAAUGAGUUUUUAAGAAUAGGACGCUGGAAGCUGUUCGCUAAGGACAGUAAAAGAAAACGAUUAGGUUUCAACACAGGACAAUCAGGACAAUAACGUACGACCGUUUUUCUGCCAUACGAGACAAAGCAACCCUAUACAUAAUACAAAACCAAUGACUUGAGCACACUAACUAAAAGUAUUUGCACAUGUGCCCUGAACCAACAUCGCAACACAGCAGUGAGAACGCACGAGCGCGUUUAAAACAGAAGUACCUCAUGCAAACUAUCACACUCAUCGUACCUUUGUAAAUAAUUGUGUAAAUAGUUGUUAUCUCAUUGAACAAGCGAAUGCUCCAUUUGUCAAAUUAAAAAUGAACUGUGAAACAAGAAACAACAUUUCCGAUGUCCACUUUUUGUUUUUGGGUGGGGAUGGGCUAAAUGGCUAAAGGUAGUAUUUUGUGUUUAAGUGUGAAAAAGGUUCCGCCGAAGCGACGUGAACAUGGUGCAAAGGCAUCAGUUCCCGCUGUGCAGUACAUCAGAGAGAAAAAAAGGCGAAAGAAAUCGAGUGAGAAACAG